GAGUGCUUCUCGUCCUUCUUGAAAAUACUAUUAGCAUGGCUUCCGUCCUCUCUCCGUCGACUUUUGCGUUAUGUCGCAUAUCCUCAACUCACCGAUCUACGAGAAACCAUGAACAUUGCCGACGAACGUAUUUAGUUCCAAGUGGUUGAAUACCAGGUAUUUUUGCCAUGGAAGGUGCCGAACACAAAGCUUUAAGGAAGUUGAUUGCACCGGCUUUCUCGACUGAAUCAAUUAAAACCAUGACUCCCAUAUUCUUCCAGAAAGCUGAAGAAUUACCGGACCAAUGGGAGAGUUUUGCAACUUCUCCUUCAUUGGCCGACGAUGCGAAAUCCCCUCCCCUUCCUGCACCACCUUAUUCUCCUUCUCCUUCUUUUGCCGAGGCAGUGACCGACGUCGCUCACUGGUUCUCCCUUGCAACAUCUAACGUGAUAGGUUCGACAGGCUUUGACUACGACUUUCAUGCUCUCCAGUGUGAAUCCGAAGAAGUCCAUUUGGCAUACAAAAAUAUGUUCAGGAUCGUCGACAAGGGUCCCAAAUUGCGAGAACUUGUCCAGCUUUAUUUCCCAAUAAUCGAGAAGAUAUUUCCUACUAAUGAAGCCACGCGCAUCACAAAUGGAAGUCGACGCGUAAUCAGCGAAGCUGGUCAACAGCUCAUCCAAAGCAAGAAGUUCGCCAUUCUUGCUGAAAAAGCGAGUGCGAGCGAGAUCGAAGAGAAAGAUAUUCUUAAUCUACUCAAUAUCUCUAGGCGACUUUCUGAUGCAGAUCUUCUAUCCCAACUCUCGACGUUCCUUUUCGCAGGCUCUGACUCUACAUCUCUUACUAGUAUGUCCUGGUGCAUCCACCUCCUUUCCAUCCAUCCUGAUGUCCAAGGUCGCCUUACGCUCUGAACUAAACUCGAUGUCUUCUUGCGCAUCCAAAUCUUCAUCAAUGUCAGGCCUAUUCUGUACCGAUCGAGGCUUUGGACUUUAGCACUGACAUCUGAGGUGAGGAUGCAAGAUUGUUUAAGUGAGUAUGUUUUUCUUCGCUGCGCCGGUUUCCUGAAAACUUCAGGCCUGAUCGCUGGUCUUCUCUGCCUCACCCCGCACGAGCUCCCUCUCAUCCAGGAAUUGCAAACGUGACGACGUUCUCAUUUGGUCCACAUGUUUGUCCGGG